GGCGCGGGCAGCCCAGCCGGAAGUGGCGCGUGAGGGACGAGGCGCAGCGCGGCGCGCAGCGGAGAGGCCGAGCGGGCGCCGGGCCCAGCGCUGUCGGCUGGCCGGCCCCAAGGCCUCAGCUGUCCAGAGGCGGCGCGGCGCGGCUCGGGGCGGCCCAGCGGGGCGGGCGGGCGGUCCCCGGGGGGAGGCGGGCCUGCGUGAGGAGGCUCCGCGGUGAAGGCGGAGAGCACGUCAGCCGCUAGGCCUCGGCCGCGUCCCUGCAGCCACAUGGCCUCCGGAGUGGGCGCGGCCUGCGAGGAGCUGCCUCCCGACGGCACGUGUGACGAGUGCGAGCCCGACGAGGCGCCCGGGGCGGAGGAGGUGUGCCGCGACUGCGGCUUCUGCUACUGCCGCCGCCACGCCGACGCGCACCGCCAGAAGUUCCUCAGCCACCGCCUGGCCGAGUACGUCCAUGGCGCCCAGGCCUGGGCCCCGCCAGCCCCCGAGGACGACGCGGGCCCCGAAGACGUCGUCGAGGCCAAAGGGGAGCCCGAGGGAGAGGUAGAGAGCGAGGUGGGCGAAGAGGAGAGCGAGUCGGAGGAAGAGGAGAGCGGUGAGUCGGAAGAGGAGAGCGAGACCGAGGAAGACAGUGAGGAUGAGAGUGAGGAGGAGAGCGAGGAAGACAGCGAGGAGGAGAUGGAGGAUGACCAGGAGAGCGAGGCGGAGGAAGACAACCAAGAAGGAGAAUCCGAGGCAGAAGGAGAAACUGAGGCAGAAAGCGAAUUUGACCCUGAAAUAGAGAUGGAGGCGGAGAGAGUGGCCAAGAGGAAGUGUCCGGACCAUGGGCUGGAUUUGAGCACCUACUGCCAGGAAGACAGGCAGCUCAUCUGUGUCCUGUGUCCAGUCAUUGGGGCUCACCGGGGCCACCAGCUGUCCACACUAGAUGAGGCCUUCGAAGAACUGAGAAGCAAAGAUUCGGGUGGACUGAAGGCAGCUAUGAUAGAGUUGGUGGAAAGGUUAAAGUUCAAGAGCUCAGACCCUAAAGUAACUCGAGACCAGAUGAAGGUAUUUAUACAGCAAGAAUUUAAGAAAGUUCAGAAAGUGAUUGCUGAUGAGGAGCAGAAGGCCCUUCACUUAGUGGACAUCCAAGAAGCAAUGGCCACAGCUCAUGUGACUGAGAUACUGGCGGACAUCCAAUCUCACAUGGAUAGAUUGAUGACUCAGAUGGCCCAGGCCAAGGAACAACUUGAUACCUCUAAUGAAUCAGCUGAGCCAAAGGCAGAGGGUGAAGAAGAAGGACCCAGUGGUGCCAGUGAAGAAGAGGACACAUGAAGACUUUCCAUUCCCCGUGGAAAACACCCCUUCCCCGUGUGUAUGUGACAGCGUGUAUGUAAUGGCUUCUGAUAUCUGUGAAAGCUGCCUGGCAACAAAUUUCUUCCACUGGAUAUGUCCCCAGGUCCACAGCAGGCACACAUGUCUCCAAGGGACAACAGGUUUUAUGCAUACUGACUGUGUGCGUCUUGUUCUCUUGUGGUAGGUCACAGGAAGAGCCCCUUUGAUCACCUUGGAGGGCUCUUCAGGCAGCUCCCCAAAGGCUGCUUUGAACUUACUCACUCAGGAAAGCCAGCCCCUGGAAUAUUGUGCAAGUCACAGGAUCACUUCUUAGGAAGGUUCUAGAAUAUCUUGAAAGGAAAUCAGUUUUUUCCUUACCUGCAAACAGAAAACCCACUUUGUUCGUACUGAAGCCUAAAGCAAGUAUGGCCAUACUGACUCAUCCGACAGUCUCUCGUAGUCUGUUUCUGCCUUUGUGGAAGGCAUUAGGGCAGCUGGGUGGAAAAUGGGAUUGAAGAAAGAGUCCAGAGCUGGAAAGAAGAUAUUUUUAGUACUUGAGGUUAUCUGGGACUUGAGAUUCAUAAUUCAGUGCUGUGGAAAUGGAAAAAGUGAUUGAAGAGAUAGAAAGGAAAUGACUUUAAGGAGUGUGGAGGGGGAGGAGUAAAGAAAUCUGAUCGAAAGUUGAAAUCAGUGUUUCAGAAUUCAGAUUGCCCGAAUUUUCCAAAAUGGCCACUAAAGUGUCUGAUAAAACCUGAAUUCUUGGGCUAGCUGUAUGGAUUAAUAGGCCUGUCACAACAUAGAAGACUGGCAUGUGUAUCGCCAAGUGGGAAUUGUCACUGUAAAAUGUACCAGUUCCACCCCCAGGUAAGCCUAAGGUGGCUUCAGUGCUCUGUGAGGAGAAUCCUUGCCACUCGCUGACUGGCUGGAUUCAUGUCCAUCUGCCAGCAAACAUUCCCUCUAUUCGCUACAGUUGGAAUCCUCCCUCCCCCUGCAGCAGGCCUUCAGUCCACCUCCCAUACCCCAGCUCUCCUCUCUGAUAUAGUAUGAGCAGGCAUGCCCCAGAGCUGGAUUUCCUGGCCUUCUCCCAUUCUCAGAUCACAGUUCCUUACAACCACAUUUUUCAGGGUCAAGGAAACAGUGGUGUGCUGGGAGAUACCCAACUGCAAGCUCACACACACCACAUCUUGUUGAGACAUGAGUUUUUCUUACCAAAUGAUUUGAAGUCGGGGAGAACCUUAUUUUUAAUAGAAAAACAAGUCAGAGAAGAGAAUGUUCAUACACUUCAACUGUUAAGAGAAGAUAGGAGACUUGGAAGGUAACUCUUGUUUGCAAUUGGGCAGUGUAUUCCCUCUCCUCUGCUUGUGUGGUAUUUCUAUGUUCCCAUUGAGAUUCUGUCUGAACUGUAUUCAAGCAGCCUUGGGGUUGCUGUUGACCAAGGUCUGUUUCCAGUGUCUCUGAGGCAGAUCCACGGAGUCUGCCUUGGGGGAAAUCCCCUUUUCUUGCCUGUCUGCUUGCCUGCCUAUAACCUGUGUACUUAUCACAAAGCUUUAGGGGCAGCUGAUGUGUGUGUGUACAGGAUAGUUCUGAGGCAGAAACAACCUGUGCUUACUGUAGGAGUCCUAUUUAUAUCAUUGUUCAAUCCUGUGCAUGCUAGAAAAUGAUUUAUUCCUUUGAGGACAGGAAACUGCCAAGCCUAUAUGCUCUAGGUUAGGAUUACCCUAGCUCUCACUACACAUAUAAGGAUAUUAGGGCAGAGAGGUGUUGAAGAUUUCAUUCCCAAACUGGUGACUGGUAGGUGGCUUAGACAAUUUUGAUGCUUUACCAUCUGUCUGCAAAGACUGGAGAAUUUAAUGCACCCUGAGUUAAUAACCUCCAAUGAUAUCCUGUUUAAAAAAAUUCUAAAAGAAGGAUCAAAAACACUCUAAAACGAAUAUGGAAAAUCCGAAGAUUGAAAAGACUUCAGAAUUUGGAAGCUUGUGUUGUCUUUCCCCAGUAAUCAUUGUUUGAUCUUUAUAUGUUGACCUUGUAUUACCAAUGGACAGAUCAUUGGCUUUCCAUACCUAAUCAUGCUAUUACUUUAUAUCAGUAUUGGGGAAUCCAAGCAUUUAUGUAGUGGUUAUAAACAGAAAUAUAAAAAUAUUUGCCAACCUGUCUCUAUAAAUUAUCUGUCCGGAAUCCUCAAGGAAAACAUUUCCCCUUUAUUUUGAACAAGUUUUGGAUUUGCUUUCUGGGCUCCUGCUGUCUCCAGCACCUGAUGAAACUUUAACCAGGAAAGCAUCAAACACAACACAGCAGCUUCUUCCCAGGUCCCAAAGUUCCUGUGGCUGCAUUUGUCAGUGUGAGAUGUAGGAUGCCUUCUGCAGUGGCGCCAGCUUCAUUCUCCGAGCUAGGCCCUGCUGCUUGGCCUUGUGCCCCAUCAUGAGGAAGCUUCCUGCCUUCCAGGUUAGUGUGAGUUAGAGUUGUGUAUCCUGACUGACUGUGGACAACAGAGUUUACCCAGAUCUCUGGGGAGAAAUCAUCACGUGAUUCAGGUAAAGAACAUCUCCAGAAAUGAAUUGGGUACCCACAGGAAGUACUGGCAGCCUCUGAGUACUUAGAGGGAUUUGGUCUUUGAUUUGGACAGUUCUAAGAAGUGUUUGACUUCUCAGCUGGACAGCCAGGACAAGGAAGUACCUGAGGACAGGCUGUGAGCCAAGCUCUCUGUAGAUCUACCCAGGGCAAGCCACAUGUCUGUAGUUGCUAGGAAACACAGGAACCAGUUUUAAACAUGGUUCUCCCUGCUCUGCAGUCAGCCCUCUGCCCUAUACCAUGACUCACCUCCAGAUUCAGAGAGAGGAAGAGGCUUUCAGUUCCCGAGUGCAAUAUGCUCAUUCACAUUAUAAACUACUUUUAGAGACAUCAAGAUGACCUUAUUCCUCUGCUUUAGUAGAUGUUUUAAAUACUCAUCAUUAACAUGAGGAAAUUUCCCCCUUCCAGGAGAUGGGGAGCCUUUUCUUUUCAGUGCUAUCCCUACAAAAGAAAAAAGGUGGUAUUCAGUGUGAAGGUGACAGCAGUCUUCAAUAUCUCCUUCUUUAUUGCUAUAGAAAAGCAAAUCUUCAUAUUUUAGUAAACCCAGCUACCAUGUUCUGUACUCUAUGAGAAGGUGCCAAUUCAAAUCACCGACUUUGGACUCUUUUCCUGGUGUGUGUGUGUAAAUGAGAGUGAGAUUUAUAUACACGUGCACAUACCAUACUGCUUAAUUAUUUUAGAGUUAAAUGAGAAAGACUCACAACUGCCCCUGCUGAUUUUAUAUACUACCACAAAGGUUUCUUCUAAGUCCAUACAAUGUCAGCAGAUAAUUGGAGUGUGAGUGCUUGCUGGCUUUCCAGAAUAGCCCCUAGUGGUAGGUGUCAACUUUUAAAGCACUGAGCCAAGGUGACAGCCAGGAAGGAAAUUGCACCCCACCCCUUUCCACCAUGUCUAAUAACAUGGGAAAUUUAGAUGCCUUGUCAUUUUGGUGACUUGGAUCAUUUUGGUCAUUCCAUUUGGGCCUGAGUGUACAGCUGCAGAAUUUAUAACCUUGUAGUAGUCAGAGGUCUCGGAAGUCCUAUCUCCCCACAGAGAAAAUGUCCUGCUGAUUCCUGACAUUCUGCUCUCAUGUAAUAGCUAUUCAGUACAUGCUUUUCAGUAAAUUGGUUGCAUGUUUACUGUGGGCUGAGCACAUUUAGAAUUUUGUUUGCUUGUUUUUUAAAGACAAAAAUCCCAUUGUAAAUCAAGUCCAGCCUUGCCCUAAGGGAACAGGCCCAGAGGGAAAUUGCAGAUCUCACUGACACUGCUUUCACCCCAGCAGUCUUUCUGAGGCCCCCACCCUAUGGAAUUCCAGGAGCCACAGGAGCUGGGUAUUCCCCAGGAAAACAGGAGAUCAUUUCGAUCAUUUGGUCUCACAUUACGUAAUGUGAGGCUGAGAACACACCAGAAACACCAGAACUAGGGGCCAGAGCAGGCAAGUGAAAAUAAAUGAAGACAUUUGGAGGCGCACUGGUGGAGAAACAGCCAGAGUCCAUGCUGGACUUGAUGUGACUUUGAGGGGACCAUUGAUGUAUCCUUUAUGGAAGUUAAACUUGACCAGUCUUUUUACAGUGACAAGCCACAACGCGUGAGUGGGUAGAGCCAACGAAUCCAUUGUCUUCUGCCUGUUUUCGUGUACACAGUCACAUUCCCUCCAUAGUCAUCGUCCCCUGCCACCCUUUCCACUAAACAAGGGAACACUCAAUCUUUCAAGGGAAUUGCAUAUCUGAGUUGAUGUUUCAGUAUAUCAUUUUCAUACUGUAAAUUAUUUUGUAAGAGAGAUUUACUGCUAUCCCAGGAUGUUCAGACUUGGCGCCCCUGUGCAUUUGGAAAUCAAUAAACUAUUACUGGAAAUAC